AUGGGAUCAACAUGCGAUCUUGGAAGUGGCAAUGUUCGAGUUGAAUUGUCCAUCGAUGAGCGUCCGCGUUUCGUACCAAAUUGCAAACCUGAAUUGAAGCCCUUUAUUGGGCAACGUUUCAGCGUUUUGGAUGAUGCUUAUGAAUUUUAUAGGCAAUACGCUGAGUGUGGAUUUGAUAUUCGUCGUUCAACUAAGAAAAAGUCGUCGGACGGGUUCUUAAUUAGAAGCUAUAUCGUAUGCUCGAGGGAGGGUGAGAAGAACUAUUCACGUGACUAUACAGAUGGAGAUAGUGGCAGCAUAAAGAAACGAAGAAGAGUUUCGAAGCGUAUUAACUGUGAAGCUAAAUUGAUUACGAAGUUUGCUGGCCAAAAAGGGUACGUUGUUGAUAAGUUUGUUGAGUACCAUUCUCAUCCUUUAGCUUCUCAAAACCAUAAACAUCUUAUGGGAGUGAGCAGAAACAUGGAUGCCGGUCACCAAAAUUUUAUAUUGAACUGCGCCAGAGCAAAUAUUGGACCUAUGCAGUCGUACAAGUUAUUUAAAGAAGUCGUGGGUGGAUAUUCAAAUGUUGGAUGCACUAGCGUUGAUUUUAAAAAUUUUUCAAGAGAUUUGAAAGCUUAUGCUAUAGGGGUUGAUGCCCAGAUGGUGUUAGGAAAAUUAUUUAGGAAGCGGGAACUAUGUUCGGCCUUUUUCUUUGAGUAUGAUGUUGACAAAGAAGAUAAAUUGACGCGAUUAUUUUGGGCUGAUCCAAUUUCAAGAAAGAACUAUGCCUCUUUCGGCGACGUUAUUUCAUUUGACGCUACAUACUCAACCAACAGGUAUUAG